AAACAGAAUUCGGUGAACAAGUAAAAAAAGCUGAUAAAGCACUUGAAAAUUUUCUGAUACCCAAUCUAUCCGCGGCUCCUCAUCCUGAAGCAAUCUAUUUCAGCAGACGAUUUGGAUCUCUAAAUCAAAAAGAUUCUGAAAUGCAUACUGAUCACCUAA